AUGGCCAAGUACCAGGCCGACAAGCUGCAGCGAUGGUCGCUAGUGAUGUCGACCUUCCCGUACAUCAUUGGUGCGUCUCGGGUGACGCGAACGGAUUUCGAGUGGCCGACAGCCGCUACGAUCAGCGGCAUCCAACGUUCAACCAUGGAAGGGGGAGGGACCCCCCUAAACGACGUGGAUUGGGACGACGACUCCCAUUUUUACGUGGCCCCAGACGGACGAAUCUGGAUCCCAGACGGUGCUGUCGACCUACAGCAGCGGAUUUGUGUGAUCGCUCACCAAGGAGCCAGCGGUCACCGUCGCAUCGCAGCGACAACCAAGUCGGUGUCCGACAAGUUUGUGUGGAAGACGCUUACCACGGACGUCGAAGCGUUCGUGCGUGCCUGUUUGCACUGCCUGUACAUUGACGGAGAAAUGGUUCCCCGUCCAUUCGAGCUGGCGGCGCGCUGCCUGCUAUUGGCAGACGUUGGGGUCACGGGGAUGCUCGUGUCCGCCGGGGAAAGAACCAACUUCUUCGCCGCGCCAAAGCUUCCGCCUGCCAGCUUGCGCGGAUUGUUCGUGGAUUCCACCGCCACAAGCUUCAAUUUGAACAAAAAUUCAUGUGAACCAGACCACGUGGCGGUGGCAUUGCGAGCGGCGACAUCUCGGCAGUUCAAAGAUCUCCACCUCGGCUCGCUUGUGACAGACGACGUGUACGCCGCCAUCGUCCUCUGCUUGACCGCUUGCAAUAGCAGCCUUCGCACACUCGACCUCUCCCGCAGCCGCCGCUUCUCCACGUACGGGUUCGCCGUUACAGGAAGUGGUAUGAGAUACCCUCGGCGACGGCAACGUCCAACGGCGACUUGGUUUCACCAACAAAUACUGGUUGCGUUGGACGGCGUCGACGGACUCCCUAACGUGGCAACACACUCGAUCCGCAAGGGCACCGUGACGUUCGAAACGUCAGGCUGCACCACGGGUUACAUUCAUUACGCGCCUGCGGGGGACCAGUACACCAGUCGCAUCGCUUCGAGAUUGCCCGAAUCUAGCACCGCGUUAGGCAUGCAGCCUCCGCAUUUUGGUGCGCAGGACGAUCCCGUGGUUACUGUGAUGCGCCGAAUGGAGGACAUUUUCGAAGCCGAAACUGGUGCCAAGCCACACGACCACGACCGUCCAUCCGAUCGCUACGUGACCGAGUCGUUUGAUGCGUGCUUGGGCCACAACGGACUGGACGUAACAAGAAGCGCAAACGCGACGAGACGGUAUCAGGAAUUCCCCACAAAAUGA